CUUUUUUUCACAGUCAAAAUAGAAAAGUUGCCGUCAUAUCCUAAUCUCUCUCCCUCGGGCACGUAAUUAUGGAAGCAUUGUACAAAACAGCCGAAAAGUUCAAGCUUCCUAACGCCGGAAAAUCCAUGGUUAAUGAUUACAAAGAGAAAGUAAAACUUCAAGCCGAAGAUUUAGUGCUUAACAUAUUCCCUCAAAAAAUCUUAGAGCUUGAAGCACUUUUAAAGACUGAGAAGUUUGUUAUUUCUGACCUUGCAUCAAUCCAUUGUGAACUCAACAUUCCAGUUCCGGAUCCUCCCAUACUUAAUCAUGAAACAGAUGAUGCCCCUUCAAAAAAGAGGAAGUUUAAUGUUUUAUCCAAUGAUAUCCAUGAAUUCCAAGGUACGAAAGUUUUACUCUUGCCCAAUGGUACAGUGCCAUCUAACAAUCACAUAGUUAGCGUUGUCGAGUUGGUGAAGCCUCGAAUUCAGCAGCUUGUAGAAGAUGCUAAUGUUUUAAAAAUGUGGAUUCAAUUUUUAAUUCCAAGGAUUGAAGAUGGCAAUAAUUUUGGUGUUUCUAUUCAGGAAGAUACUCUCGGUGAAAUCAGGACCGUCGAAAGCGAAGCAGCGGCAUACUUCGACCAAAUAUCACGCUAUUUCCUGACGAGGGGGAAAAUCGUUUCCAAAGUGGCAAAAUAUCCACAUGUUGAUGAUUUUCGAAGAACUGUGCAGGAAUUAGACGAGAAAGAAUUCCUCAGCAUGCGCCUUAUCAUUUGUGAACUGAGAAAUCAUUAUGCCACCCUGCACGACAUGAUAACGAAGAACUUGGAGAAAAUCAAGAAGCCGAGGACAUCGAACGCAGACACCAUGUACUGAUGGGAUGGGAGGCCUCAAACAGAAGAUCGCAUGACGCCAGAGACUCGAUCCCCUUGGGUGCGAAAGUUCACGUCUCAGAUUGAACCCACGGGCUGCUCCUCGCUCUUGAUGAUAUUUUAUUUAUUAGCAACGAAUUAGGUGUACAUAAGUUUUUAAAGUGUUGAAAUUUCAUUCUCUUAGGGGGGUUUCUUCAGUGCUUACCUCAUGCCUUUUGUUUGAGACUGUAUUUUUUUUUUUUUUUUUCCGUUUCAAUAAAAAGAAUU